AUGCUGGGGACAACGGAACGGAAGGGACUCACAUCGACCUGCACAGCUUCCAUCCGAAGAAUGAGACACAACAUGACGACGCUCGCGACACGAGAACUCCCCGCACCAACACCCGACCAGGCCUUCUGCAAGGUGUCCGCUCUAGAGUGUGGCUUCAUCCAGAUCCCUCUCGUCUGGGUGAUCGACACUGCUCAAGAAGGCGAAACGAGCGUGCUCCCCGUACUCGCCUUCCUCAUCCGGCACUCUACGAAGAAUGACACCCUCGUCUUCGACCUUGGCGUCCGCAAGGACAUUGAAGCCCUCCCCACCGCGUACCACGGCCGCAUCAACGGCAUGGGCUUCCGCACGACCGUGCCCGAGGACGCUGCGGAUGCGCUCGCCAAGGGCGGACUCGCACCCACGGACGUCACGACCGUGUGCUACUCGCAUCUCCAUUACGACCACAUCGGCGACUCGCACCCGUACGCAAACGCGGUCUUCGUCGUCGGUGCGGCUGCACGUCCGCUCGUCGAGCAUGGAUGGCCUGAGGACCCUAAAUCCCUCUUCCCGCAGGACCUGCUCCCGGAAGGCCGCACGCGCUUCCUGGACGAUCCGGCAGGAUGGCCGCCACUCGGUCCGUUCCCACACGCGCUGGACUUUUACGAGGACGGGAGCCUAUACAUCGUCGACGCCCCCGGGCACAUGCCGGGGCACAUCAACAUCCUUGCACGGACGUCGGCGGACGGGGGUUGGAUCUUCCUGGCUGGGGACAGCGCGCACGACCGCCGGCUGCUCACGGGCGAGGCGGGGAUCCCGAGCCAUGGGCUGCUGGGGUGCGCCCACGGCGACAAGGUGGCGGCGGCGGAGCACAUCGCGCGGAUGCGGGCGUUGGAGGUGGGGUAUCCUCGCGUCAGGGUGCUCCUCGCGCACGACGUGCCGUGGUAUGAGGUGAACAAGGGCGGACCUGCGUUUUGGCCCGGAAUGAUUUCUUCUCUCUAG